AUGACAACACUCACUAGAACAUUUAAUGAAAGAACAAAUAUUGAACAAGUCAAUGAGUAUGUACGUCAGUCAUUUUGUUCAAGUCUACCACAAUCAUAUCGAAUUAUAUAUUAUGAUACAACAACAAUGUCUCUUGUUAAUCUUGAAGAUCAAUUACGAAAUAGAUUAAAUCCAUUUCAAUCAAAUUCAUCAAUAGAUAUGCAAAAUAUACCAAUGUGUACACAUUUAUACGUAGUGAAUAAUUCACCAAUAUCUUCACAUAUUUAUUCUUCAAAUCUUAUGCAACCUGAUCAAAUUGUAUUCAAUGAUACUGAUGAAAACUCAUCGAUUGAUGAAACUCGUAUUGAAUCAAAUUGUUUUAUAAACUGUAGCCCAACAAAUGAUGAUGGUUCACAGGACAAUAAUGGAUAUUUAUCAUAUGGAACUGAAAAUCUAUCAACAACGACAAUUCCAUCUUCUAUUGAACAUCAACAAAGACACAAUACAUUAUCAAAUCGAUUAUUUUUUUCAUUAGAUGUCAAACCUAUUCAAAGAAAUAUUUAUAAAUCUGACGAAUUCAGUAUGCGUUCAGAAAAACUCAAUGGACGUAUUGUUCGUAUACAAGGUAUCAAAGCAGAUAAAGAAAAAAUGCGUCAAGUUUUGCCAAGACUUCGAAUACCUUCAACUGCUUUUCAACCUAAUGUAACACUUCUUGUAAUGGUUGUAUCUGAAAAAAUACAUAAUGGCAUACGAAUUUGGUAUAAACAUUCUCAUAAAGGAUUUCUACCAGAUCAAUAUACAAAAGAUACAAAUCCAAUUAAUCCAAUUGAAUUCAAUUUAAAUAGAAAUAACAUAACAAAUGAUGGUGAUUUUAUAUUAAGUCUACAAAUGAUAACAAAAUGGAAUAAAUCUAAAAUAGAAUCCGAAAAAAUUUAUCAAUUAGAUGAACAACAAGUUGUUCAAUUACAUUCAGCAAAACAUGAUUCACAUUCACCACGUUUAUUAUGUGUUCUUCAACGAGAUGGUUUUCCUGAUUGGAAUACAUUUUGUUUGUCAGAUUUUAUUCGAUCACCAAAAUCUGCUAAAAAAAGAUCGUCAAGUGUUGUUACAGAACGAACUUAUUCACCAAAAAGAAAACGAUCAAAAGUAAAUGAUUAUCAUGUUUUAUUAUUUUUAAAGUAUUUUUUUUU